GUAAAUCAUCUGUUGUUCAUCUGCUGCACCGCAGAAAAAGCAGAAGAAGAUAUUAAUUUCUAACAAUUCAUUGUAGUUAUAAAAAUAUUCUUGUUAUUUUUUUUAUCAGUUAUUAACUCAAUAAGGUAUCGAAAAAACUCGCGAUCAAAAGAAUAUAUUUACGCAAUGUCUGAGCAGGAAAAUCAAGACGAAAAAGAAUUAAAUCAAUUGCUUGAUGAUGCAUUACAAGAUUUUGGACGAAACGACAACAGAUCCGGAGCUAAUCAAACAAAUAAAAAUGCAGAGGAAACUCCUACAGCAGGUAAAACGGGAGCCGAAAUUUCUGAGGAUUUCUUUCUAGAACAGGCGAAAUUAUUAUCAGAACGCAUGAGUACGUUGUUUGGUGGGCCGGAAACACCAAGCCCUGACAACGCGCAACAGAAUCCAGAACAAAUACUAGCGGGCUUCAAAAAAAUGGCAGAAGCGGCUGCAAUGACAUUACAAGGCGAAAAUAGUGCCAGCGACGAAGAAGUGGCUAAAUAUUCAGACAGUAUAGCUCAGGCGCUUAAGGGUUUACAAGAAGGUUCCGAAAGUUUAGCUGCCCCCGUUUCUGAAAAUGAUGUGGCCAGCAUGUUUAACGGAUUAAAUUUGGAUAAUGUAGUUUCAGAGGAUGGCAAUAUGUUUCUGCCAUUUAUGGAAGGCAUGAUGCAAAGUCUGUUAUCAGCGGAAAUUUUAUUGCCUAGCAUAAAAGAACUUUUAGAAAAGUAUCCUAAAUACUUAACAGAUAAUUCUGAAAAGCUAACUGUUGAAGAGAAAGAGCGUUAUGGGAAGCAAUUGGAGCUAUACAAAUUGAUUGCUAGCCAUUUAGAAAAUGAAAAUGCUAAUGAUACGCCCAAAGAAAAACGUGAGAAAUUCAAAAUAGUACUCGAGGAUAUGCGCAAACUGCAGGAAUAUGGACAACCACCUGCAGAAAUUUUAGCAGAAACCGCGGGAGAUUUACCCAUGUUGGAUCCAACAGGAGGAGCAGCGGGAGGAAAUCCACAAUGUCCAAUGAUGUAGCCUAUUUGAACUUACUUUAUAUAAAAGUAUACGCAAUUUUAACUUGGUUUCUGUAAUUAAUAUUAGCUACUAAGUGGUCCAAUGGUUUAAAAAUUUGUGUACUUUCAAUGUUGCAUCUUUGUUGACUAAAUAUAGAGACUUGUGAGCUUACUAUUUAUUAGCCUUGACUAUGUCCGUUAAGAAAGCCACGAACAAUUCCCGCUUGUGUGUAUUCAAUUAUCUAAAACACAAUUUCUGGUUUUAGCAAAACAUAAUGUUAUACUAGAUUAACGUUUUAUAAUUUCGUAACAAUUGAUAAUAAACGUGUAACUUGGAUCAUAAA